AUGCUUCCGCAGGAUGUCGGGAAGCAGAAGCCACGCCGUGUGUCGGAGCCCCUGUGCGGGUUCGACGUCGCCCCGGUCCCGUCUCGGCUGCUGAAGAACCGGGACUUCCCUCUGAACGUGAAGCGCCGGCGGUCCGGCUCGGCACCUGAGCGCAAGGUGAACUGCGUCCUGGUUGGAGACGGAGCUGUGGGCAAGACGAGCCUGAUCGUGAGCUACACCACCAACGGAUACCCGACUGAAUAUGUUCCCACAGCGUUUGACAACUUCACCGUGAUGGUUAUUGUUGAUGGUAAACCGGUGAAACUGCAGCUGUGUGACAUGGCGGGACAGGACGAGCUGGAGCGCCUCCGCCCGCUCUGCUACAAGAACGCAGAUGUCUUCCUCCUCUGCUACAGCGUGGUCCGCCCUUGCUCUUUCCGCAACCUGAUCGACAAAUGGGUCCCCGAGAUCCAGCAGCAGUGCCCCGGAGUGCCCCUGGUCCUCGUGGGCACGCAGCUCGACCUGAGAGAGGACGUCCAGGUUCUGAUCAACCUGGCACAGAACCAGGAGCGGCCGGUGAGCGCAGAGGAGGGUCUGCAGCUCGCCCAGGAGCUGGGCGCGGUGAGCUUUGCGGAGUGUUCGGCGUUGACCCAGAAGAACCUGAAGGACACGUUUGAUUCGGCCAUCUUGGCCAGCAUCGAGCAGACGGACAGUUGCAGCGUCCAGCAGCAGAGGAUGACCCUGAGGAAGAAGACGCCCGAUACGAUCAAGAGCCUCUCGGAGACCUGGUGGAAGAAGAUCAACUGUCUGAUGGGAGAGCAGAGCUGCGACUUCAAGUGAACAGCUGCACUUUAUCAAACCUGGGUCAGAUCAGGUUUACAGAUGUUUGGUAGGUUUCUUUUGUUUUAGCACGCUCACAUCGGGUUCCUAC